AUUGAAGGCCUCCCUGUGUCGUGUGGGCGCGAUGAUGCUGGAUCAGCAGGAGCAGCAACCACAGCAGCAUCCCUUCGCGUACAUCUUCGUUGGCCGGCGCACCAUCUACCUCCUCAGCCUCACAGACAUACUCCAGCUGAAAGCCACCUGCACAUGCCUCAGAGGUCUCUUCGGAGCGGCCCAGCUGAGAGAUCGGCUCCGCCACUCUGUCGACUCACAGGCGGGGCUGCGGCGGGUGGUCAACGGGCAGCAAGUGCAGCUGGUGCGGUUCGACGAUGACCAGUUCGGCGUGUGUAAUCUGCUGGCGGCUGUGUGUGUGAUGGAGGAGGGAGAGUGGGUGGAGAUCGGCGAGGUGAUUGAGCUGGCGGGGCAGUGCGGCCACUGUGAGCUGUCUGUCAUCCUCACAGCCGAUGACAUCCACACACACAUCAACAAGACGGUAAGACACACGCAGAGGGGAGGGGAGAGAACAGAGAGGCCUCAUUCCUGUCUGUCUGUGUGUGUGUGUGUGUGUGGUGUAGGCGUAUGGAUCGUUAGCUCGUGUGUUGGCGCAGCUGAUGGUGGUCGGCCGCCACAUAGACUUCGGUUGCUGGGGCCGCCUGCAGACCUUCCGCCGCAAUGGUAGGGUGCUGGCCAUCGAGGACUGGUCCGGCUUCCGGCUGGACGUCGACCCGCCCCUCCCCGCCGGCCAUCUGUAUCAGCAGCAUCGACUAGAGCAUGACCCACCGGUGAAAAACCGCAUCGACCACAUCGACGGCGGAUGGCUGUCGAGCUGGCCGUCCACCGAUGCGUCGGUGUCGUCAUUCGCCAAGCGUGUGAUCCUCGACACCUUCACAUGGACUCCCCAGAUCCCUUGCACAUCGAUACUCCUCAACAGGUGACACACCAAUGGCACCAGUGGGUGCGUGUGUGAUUGUGUGUGUGUGGUUGGUUCAGGCGUGUUGGAGGCGGCCGUCUGAAUGGCCUCCUCACCCAGUCGCCCCACACACCGGUGGCCGGAUGCACCAGCACAUUCAGCUGUGGCGACGGUUAUGUGCGAGUUCUGGUGCUCACCGACAGCAGCCACGACUUCGUCGCGUGGAUUACCAUUGCGGAUCAGGGAAACGACAAUGGUCAGGCCGACAGACAGGCAGCUCUGCUGGUAAAGUGUCAUCAGUGUUUUCUGUGUGUCAUUGUGUGCAGUGAGGGUUAGUGUCGAGACGACCGAAGUUCCUGUGUGCGCGAGUGGUGCUUUCAAGGACCGCUUCCCCGUGACCCCUCAGCUGGCCCGUGUGGCGUUGGGGCGAGUGGCGCCAUACGUCUUCGACGGACAAGUAGCCGAUGACAGCGACGAUGAUAGCGAUGAUGGUACGCACACACAUGGUGGCCAUGGAUGGAUGGCAUUUCUUCUCUGUCUGUCUUUGGCUGUGGUGUAGAUUCCGACGCCCAUGGCGGCGGUUGGGAGGAUAUGGAUGACGACAGCGAGUGAGAGGACAGCCGAGGUACGCAGCCAUACACACGACACACAGGCCUGCACGUCGACCUGCGUCACAUUCUGUGUGUGUGUGUGUGUGUGGUGCCUUCGGCAGGUGACCGCGGCGUAGCUGAGGCGGAGAGCGGCGACUGAUCGAUCCAUCAGUCAGUAGUACUGGUGGUUGAGUGUGUGUGUCUGCCGUCAGGAGGGUAUCUUUGGCUGCUGGCCGUCGUCAGUUAUCUCUGUAGCGGAUCCGUGACUCUGUCGACCAGCUGCUGAUGUGUUAGUUACCGAAUGUCUGGCUUGGCUCUGAUGGUUGCGUGAGUCGGUCUAUGGCUUCGCCUUUUUCUCCUUGGGUCUCUGUUCUCUAUUUAUGGUCCUCCCUCCCUCCGUCUAUAUCUGUGUGUGUCUGUCG